GUCUCCGCGCCGCCGCCUCGGCAGUGUGGCCGCCGCCGGGGGAUUGCGCUGCCUGUCCGUUCAUCCAGGCAGGGCGUCCCCUCCCCCGUUUUUGCCCUUCCAACGCCACUCGCUUUCCCUUCCUCCGCCCGCUUUGCACCCCGCCCCGCCCCCGCCAGCCGGGGCUAUGGCCGCAGAGGAGGGACCGAGGGCGGUGGAUCACUACCGGAGCGAGAUCGAGAGGCUGAGCAAGGAGCUCACCGAGACGACCCACGAGAAGAUCCAGGCCGCGGAGUACGGGCUGGUGGUGCUGGAGGAGAAGCUGACCCUCAAGCAGCAGUACGACGAGCUGGAGGCCGAGUGCGACGGCCUCCGGCGGGAGCUGGAGCAGCUGAAAGAGGCAUUUGGGCAGUCCUUCUCCGUUCACCGUAAAGUGGCUGAGGAUGGAGAGAAUCGGGAGGAAACACUUCUGCAGGAGUCUGCAUCAAAGGAAGCUUACUAUCUGGGCACGAUCUCGGAGAUGCAGAAUGAGCUGAAGCAGAGCCGGGCUGUAGUCACAAAUGUCCAGGCAGAAAAUGAGAGGCUCACAGCUGUUGUGCAGGAUCUGAAGGAGAACAAUGAGAUGUUGGAACUCCAGAGAAUACGGAUGAAGGAUGAAAUCCGUGAAUAUAAAUUCCGGGAGGCCCGACUCCUUCAAGACUACACUGAACUAGAAGAGGAAAAUAUCACAUUGCAGAAACUAGUUUCCACAUUAAAACAGAACCAGGUUGAAUAUGAAGGCUUAAAGCAUGAGAUUAAGCGAUUUGAAGAAGAAACAGUGCUACUGAACAGCCAGCUGGAAGAUGCCAUCCGACUAAAAGAAAUUGCAGAGCAUCAGCUGGAAGAAGCCCUUGAGACACUGAAAAACGAGAGGGAACAAAAGAACCACCUGAGGAAGGAGCUGUCCCAGUACAUCAACCUCAGUGAUAACCACAUCAGCAUCUCAGUUGAUGGACUCAAGUUUGCUGAGGAGGGGAGUGAGCCAAACAAUGAUGACAAGAUGAAUGGGCAUAUCCAUGGACCUCUUGGGAAACUAAAUGGAGACUAUCGGACUCCCACCCUAAGAAAAGGAGAGUCCCUGCACCCUGUGUCUGACUUAUUCAGUGAGCUGAACAUUUCAGAAAUUCAGAAAUUGAAACAGCAACUUAUGCAGGUAGAGCGGGAGAAGGCUAUUCUUUUGGCCAACCUCCAGGAGUCACAGACUCAGCUGGAACACACCAAGGGAGCACUGACGGAGCAGCAUGAACGAGUGCACCGGCUCACAGAGCAUGUCAAUGCCAUGAGGGGCCUGCAGAGCAACAAAGAACUCAAGGCUGAGCUGGACAGUGAAAAAGGCCAGGACUCAGGGGAGGAGACUCAUGACUAUGAAGUGGACAUCAAUGGCUUAGAGAUCCUUGAGUGUAAAUACAGGGUAGCAGUCACUGAGGUCAUUGAUUUGAAAGCAGAAAUUAAGGCCUUAAAGGAGAAAUAUAAUAAAUCUGUAGAAACCUACACAGAAGAGAAGGCCAAGUAUGAGAGUAAGAUUCAAAUGUAUGAUGAGCAAGUGAUGAGCCUUGAGAAGACCAGCAAGGAGAGUACUGAGAAGAUGGCCCACUUGGAGAAGGAGUUACAAAAGAUGACUGGCGUAGCCAGUGAACAUCACAGCACCCUCAAUUCAGCCCAGGAUGAGUUGGUGACAUUUAGUGAGGAGCUGGCGCAGCUCUACCACCAUGUGUGUUUGUGUAAUAAUGAAACUCCCAACAGGGUCAUGUUGGACUACUACAGGCAGAGCAGAGUAACCCGCAGUGGCAGCCUCAAGGGACCUGAUGAUCCUAGAGGACUUUUGUCACCACGAUUGGCUAGGCGGGCUGUGUCAACCUCAGCAGAACCAAGGACCUCAUCUGAACCAGUUUCAAAAGAAAAUACAGAGGCCAGCAAAGAACCAAGUCCAACUAAGACCCCCACAAUCUCACCUAUUAUUACUGCCCCACCGUCAUCUCCAGUAUUGGAUUCAAGUGAUAUCCGCAAAGAGCCAAUGAAUAUCUACAACCUUAAUGCCAUCAUUCGGGACCAAAUCAAGCACCUGCAGAAGGCGGUGGACCGGUCCUUGCAGCUGUCGCGCCAGAGAGCAGCGGCCCGGGAGUUGGCCCCUAUGAUUGACAAAGACAAGGAGGCCUUGAUGGAAGAGAUUCUCAAGUUGAAGUCCCUGCUGAGCACCAAACGGGAGCAGAUCGCCACCCUGAGGGCAGUGUUGAAAGCCAACAAGCAGACAGCGGAGGUGGCUCUAGCUAAUUUGAAGAACAAGUAUGAAAAUGAGAAGGCAAUGGUAACUGAAACAAUGACGAAACUGAGGAAUGAACUGAAGGCUUUGAAAGAAGAUGCCGCAACCUUCUCAUCCUUGAGAGCAAUGUUUGCAACAAGAUGUGAUGAAUAUGUUACACAGUUGGAUGAGAUGCAGAGACAGUUAGCUGCUGCAGAGGAUGAGAAGAAAACUCUGAACACUUUGUUACGAAUGGCUAUCCAGCAAAAGCUCGCCUUGACACAGCGGUUAGAAGACUUAGAGUUUGACCACGAGCAGUCCAGACGCAGCAAAGGCAAACUUGGAAAGAGCAAGAUCGGCAGUCCUAAAGUAAGUGGGGGUGCGCCAGCCACCGUGCCCACCAUAGACACUUACCUCCUGCAUAGUCAGGGCCCACAGACACCCUCCAUUCGGGUCAGCAGUGGCACUCAGAGGAAAAGACAAUUUUCACCUUCCCUUUGUGAUCAGAGCCGUCCCACGACUUCAGGGGCUUCCUAUCUACAGGAUUUAUUAAGAGCCCCCCCUGACCCCACCUCCACAGAGUCCUUCCUUCGGAAGGGUCCCCCUUCCAUGAGUGAACUCAUCCAAGGGCAUCGGCUCAGCAAGGAAAAAAGGUUAACCGUGGCUCCACCAGCAAAAAGAGAUUGUCAGCAGCCUGCUGCCUCCGUACCGCCACAGUGCUCACAACUAGCCGGGAGGCAAGACUGCCCAACUGUCAGUCCCAAGGUAGCUCUCCCUGAGGAGCACCCAUGUUCCGGCUCACAGUGUGCCCCUCUGCACUGUCUUACUAAGCCUCCUCACCCCUAGUCUUCAUCUCCCAUGGACCAGCAUAUGAGCUGGAGGCUGUGAAGCCAUGCACAGGAUACCGCCCAGGACCAGCAGCGUUCAUGGACAGUUGGAUUACACUCCAUUGUUUUGGAAGAGUUGAGUAACACAGUACAGAUCCUGGUGUGAUUAAACAUUUUGUGAUUUCUCUGAGUCACAGAUUUAUUGCAAUCUAAUGGCUACAGUUCAGUUAAAGAAAAAGAAAUGAAAUGUCACUCAGACGUCUGGCUGAGAAAUCCAAGACAAUGUAAAAUACAUAUGUUGUAAAAUCAUAUUUCUUCACAUUCACAAUUCAGCUGCAGAAGUUGACUCCAAUAUUUUUUCAUUGAUAUUUAUUUUAUACUUUACUUUGCUACAUGAUAUGUGUCUAUAAUAUUUCUGUGAGAGAAUUAAUUUAUUUUUAAAUAAGCAUAGUUUGUUCAGUUAACUAUGGAUUUUGAUUUACUUUGGAAUUGGACAGAUAGUGGUCCUUUUUUCUUGCACAAAAUGAUAAAUCGGGUGCAUCAGAAUGUUAAUAACCAUUUUGCUGCUACACUGAUAUUGUUUAUGCAGUUAUUUUCUAAUCAGCUGCACAUUAGCUGCUGGAUUUAUUUUGAACUAGAGUGCUUCACUGGACAUUAUGAAGUAAAUCUAAGAAAAAGAUUAAGAAGUGAUUCAUCAACUUAAGUUUUGAUGGCAACUUUAAGUUUUUAAAAUUGCUGUUGAGUAGAUGUACUGGUGCUGUUGCUGGUUUGUGUGUAUGUGUGUAUUAAAGAAGCGUAAAUAACUUCAGGGUAAAAUAUGAUGCAUUUAUUUAAUCGUAUAUUUUUAAUUUUUUCCCAAAUUUGGGGUCCUAUUAUGAGUUUCUUGCUAAAAGGUAUCAAGAACAAGUGCAAAACACACACACACACACACACACACACACACACACACACAUAUAUACACACACACAUAUAUACAUACACAUAGAGAGAGAGAGAGAGAGAGAGAGAGAGGAGGUAGUCUUGGCUAGUUAAUUUACUUAGAAAGUAUGCUUUGUUGUUUUUCAUAAUGACACUUCCUUGCCAAAAAAAAAAAAAGAUAAAAAAAUCUUAGCUCAUUGUCUACUUUUGACAAACACUCAGGUGCCUACACUCAUAUAUUGAGAAAAGACAUGUUCCUAGUUAAUUUAUGAAUUCUGCUAAGUAACAUUGAUAGCUUGAUUUAAGGCAGUGAAUUUUCACAGCAAAACUUGUUUUGCACAUAAUCUGAUAAAUAGGGGCAAACAAAAAUGACAACAGUUAUUUGACUCGAGCUGCUUAACUUUCAAGUUCUGCCCACACAAAUGUUCCUAGUCCUGAUGCCUUGUUUUUGUCAGAUAGCCUUAACUUAUUUAAAACCAUAAUGAUUUCACUUUUGUGUCAUAGUAUUUUUAACUUCUCAUCAAAACAAAACCAAUGCUCACUGUCAGGGCAAAGCUGACAGUGCAGGGCACCAAGAGCAUAGAUCUCAGAGUCACUCAGCUUAAGAAGUGGAAGGGUAGCACGUUCACAGAGAGAUCCAGAUCCACCAAAGGCGAGUCAGUCAGUUAAGAGUGAUCCAUCAAAGGACAGUUACACAAAAACACAUUGCAGGAACUUGCUGGUCGCUAUUACCAAAGCAACCUAGGAGUUUUAUUCCUUCUGUUUUUUUUUUUCUUUGAGUGCUAUUUUCAUGUGUAAUUUCUCAUGAAAUUUGCAACAAAUAGUUGAAAUAGUCAUUAAAAUGGGGAUUCAGGUUAAAGUUCAGAAACAAACACCAAACAAAUCAUAGCAAAAGUCCUAAUUAAGGUCAGGUGUGGUGGUGCACACCUUUAAUUCCAGCACGUGGGAGGCAGAGGAUCACCAAGAGUUCGAGGCCACCCUGAGGCUACAUAUUAAUUCCAGGUCAGCCUGGACCAGAGUGAGACCCUACCUCAAAAAACAAAACAAAACAAAGAGUCCUAAUCAAUAGUAGCAACUGCAUAUGCUUGUUCCUGCCCCUGCUCAGCUGUUCCUACACCGUCCCCUCACUUACUGGUGCUGCAUCUGCCUAGCACCAGUCUGAGCGAGCUAGUGUUCAGUUAAAGAGAGGUUACCCUUCCUGCGCUGCUGCUUUUUCUCACCUCCCUCUAAACUUGUAUUUGGACCUGAGAAGUGGCAAAGUGGACUUGUUGACUGAGGGAAAACAUACAUUUUAACCAAGUACCUCAGAACAUCCUUCUCCUUGUCUGUCAGGUAUGCUUAUGGAUUGGAACUCAGUUUGUCUCUGUGUUUGUGCUCCCUUCAACUUGUGAUCCAGUGAAACACCCAGUCUUGUGUAAAACACUUAUUUCUUCCAAUACAAAAUUUAACACAAAUUUAUUAUAAACUAGUUUUAUUUCAGGUAUUUAUCUGAACAGAGUAAAAACCACUUCUUUGGAAAUGUUAAUUCUAUAAAAUAUUAAUUUUAGAGAAUUUUGUGAAGAAGAUAUAGAAACCUCAAAAUAAAUUUCUCAUUUUUAGUGCAAAAUAGGUAGUAGUCCCUAGAAGCAAGAGAAAAUAUCAUAUUUAUGCAGUAACAUCAUUUAGCAUAGUUUAAACUGGGCCAUAUUACGUUUAUUUAUAGACCUUUUUAUUGAAUAAAUACAGGUAGUGUUGAUAAAAAUCUGUACCUGUAAAGAUAACAUCAGGAGCCAAAAGGAAACUGGAAAAGUGAAAAACUGGUAAAACUAAAAAGAUGAAUGUCAUUAAAACUGAUUGAAGAAAUAUUUAAGGAGAAAAAGUAAACUGCAAAAUGCUGAAAUAAUAACUAUUGCAAACAUCAUGAACAGAGAUGAAUGUCAGCUUGCAGGAAUGGUUAGCAGGGUAACCUAGUUGUUUUAAAAAUAAGCACAAUUAUAAAGCCAAAAAAACGUUAGCAUGCAAAGAUGCUUUUCUACUUUAGUAGAUUCUUUUGCAUCAAAAACAAUAGUAACAUAAAAAAGAGAAAUAAAUUGUCUUUGGUCUAAGUGCUCAAAAGCGUAAAACAAAUAUUGGAUGCAUCCUUUUCACAUAUCCGAUUCUGGAUUCCCAAAAAUGAAAUUUGGAAAACUUUUAUAAAAUAUAAAGCUAUUAAAUUAAAACAAUGUACUUUAUUUAGGCUAAAGAAGAGGUACAAUAAUGAUCCCUAAGAAGAGAACAAAUGGUAAACACCAGCCAUGAAUACCACUAAGACUGUAUGAAGAGUAUUAACUCUCAGAGAAAAAUGAAUCAUUCAAUAGUCAUAAGGAAGUCUUUUUAAAAAUAUGGAAUAUUAUUGGUGGUCUGGUAAUAAUUAAGUAGAUAGACAUGUUAUGGUAAUAUAAUAUUCUGAGAGCCCAUAAUCCUAUUUUUUUUGCUUUAAAUUUUAAAAUACAUUAAAGUUCUACUGACAGGUCAUAGACUAUUUUCUCUUUUAAAAUAGGUAACUAUCUUAAUUUCUCCAGAAAAUUUAUUUAUUUAAAAAUGAUUGUUAUUAUUUUUCCUUCCAGCUGUAUUUAAGAAUUUCUUUAAAGUUGUUCAGAAUGUAGCAGUUUGACUAUAAAAGCCUCAGUUGUCUGAGUCUAAAAAACAAAUACUCUCAGGAAUACUUCAUAAGCAGAAGGUAUGUAAUCUCUGUGGGUGACAGUACUCUUAAACUCUAUUUACUUAAAAUGAUAUUCUAUCUUUAACAUUUGUUUUUUCCAUGCUAUGGAAAAUAUUCUUGUAUAGUUAAGUUUUGUUCAUAUAAGCAUGCAAUAUUGGUCCAGUAAACUAGCUUAAAAUAUGGGAAUAUCCUCAUAUAUUAAACAAAAUACUCAUGUAGAAAUUAUAAAUCAUGAAUUGAAGAAAUCAACUAUAUUUUCUACUGGGAUAAAAAUGUCAAACUUUAUUGUUACUAUCAUCAGUCAAAAUAUUUAAUCUGUCUCAGAAAGACAUCAAAAGGCAAAGCUGGGGUAUAGCUCAGUGGUGGAGCAUCCGCCUGGCUUGUUUGCUGCCCUGGGUUGCAAUCCCAGAACUUCAAAACAAAAUAAAACAAACCCUAAUACAUUUCCAGCACUGACCUUUGCUGAUUCAAUCCAAGGAUGUCACAAAUGAAUUGAUACUGUGGAUGCAACAAAAUUCAAAGGAAUACCUAAAGAAAAGGGUCACAGUUCUAGAAAUUUUGCUCGCCAUUUUUUGUAUGUUUGUUUAUAAACGAGUGAUAUAUAAUAAUCCUGUAUGCAAGGAUUCAAAAAGUUACAGUAAAAAGUUUUCCAGUACAGGAAACUGCUGCCCUGGAGUUAUGACUGUUAGUGUGUCCAGGGCUAAUGCUGACCAUCCAUACUUUGAAAUUAGUGUCUGGAUAUACAAGACCAACCUUGCUCCCUUUGUACUUUUCCAGCUUCUGUAAUAAUGUCCCCAGAUGAGUUGCCUGAAGUUCAAUUCUUCUUUAAGUGCCACCUUAACUGCCAUAGUCCCUGACAUAAUUCAUUUGUAGCCAGAUUCUGUCAUUUUAAUACCUGAGAGAUUUCAACCAAGAUAUCUUUUUCAUUCUGUUACUCAGUUAUCAUGGGUAUUAAGAUAUGUUGUUUCCUGGUUGAGAAUUUUCCACAAGUGGUAGUGUAUUUAAGAAGAGGAGCAACUAACUGCCUUUUGUAUAAGACGUUUGCAUGAAAUAUCUCACAUCAUGCAAGCUUUCCCAUACGUUAACAUGUACACUAGAAAUCUCUCCAUAGGAAUGUAUAGAGACUGUUCCCUGCACCAGGUCUCCUUCCACACUGAAAUGCAUGGCUCUAGUCCUCAGUGUAUUUUUAAUCCCUCUCCUCUGGAGUUAUUUAAAAUCAGUCCUACUUGAAAUGAAGCUUGGAUGGCCUGCUGAGUCAGAUUAUUUUUGAGAUUGAAGUUUAAUUGCUAUACAGCACUUGAGAAUUAAUUUUAAUUUUAACUUUUUUCCUUUCAUAAUCUCUGCUCAUUAUAAUUCUCUAACAAGAACACUGAAAAGUCAGUUUGAUGCUUCUUUUAGUGUGAAAAUUUGCUUUUCUUUCUAAAAAGUCAUUUUAAAACAUGGAUUAGAGAAUUAUGAAUUUAAGGGAAAUGAUCUACUGUGUUGACAAACCAUCUGUUGAUGAUGGAGAUAGAAUAAAUCAUUUAAUCAGUAUAGCUAUGAUUGUAUGGUAAAUAAGAGGAAAUAUGCCAUUUUAAUAUUAUUGCCAUAAAAUUUUUAAGCUCAAUGGUUUGACUGUUAAGUCAAUUAAACAAUUCCUUAAAAACCUUUUGUGACAUUUUUGUAAUACACUCAAUGUUUUUAUUUGCAUGGUUAUGCAUACGUGACAAACCAGACAUGAUUCUUAUAUUGUGUUUCUUUCCUGUAUCAGUAUUUGUGUCGUGUGUGGCCAACCCUGAUUUCUACACUGUAUGACUAUUGUAAUGAUCCAGAUAUUCCUACAAUUAAUUGCAGUUUUAUCAUUAUGCAUUUUGGGGUUAAAUGAUGUGAAGUGUUUCCACCUAAUAAUAAUAAUAUUACCAUAUAAAAGUAUGACUAAAAGACUGACCCAAGAAAUGUGUUUUUGUUGCUAAUUAUUUUUAGAAAUCCAGCUGUCAUAGAAACAAAUCAAAAUGUUAUAGAAACAGUCUCAAAGAUAUGUUUAUUUGCUUUAAAUUCAAAAACUUAUGAAUUUAUUAUUGUUCAUCCUUUUUACUUUUUUUAUUGUAUACAGUCCCAAGUCAAUGUGUCAUGGGAGAAUCCAUAUGGCUGUGUUUCUUUGUAUGAUCUGAUCAUGCACUCAACGGUGCUAAGAAAAUUACCAGAUACCAGUAUGUCAAUUAUUAAAUCUUGUUUUACAUUACCAACUGACUAUCAUGUAAUGCAUAACCCUUUUCCAGUAAAUAAAUUGAAUAUCUUUUGUUCAUUCCA